AUGGAAGCCAGCCCAGCAUUAGGCCAGCACCCCAAGCAGGCCAACUCUACGUGUACCCUCAAGUGUCCGCUUCCCACCAUGUCUUCAGAUUCGAAAAAACGCCUUGCCCUUGCAAUAAUAGACUUCCUUUCAACCUCUACGAAAGACGGAACCGUCUCCGAUGACGACAAGGAAUCGGUCGAUGUAGCUCAGCAAUGCAUAGCCGACGCCUUCAAGGUUGACCCAACCGACAGGGCCGCCAUGAUUGACGCCCUCGCCGGCCAAUCACUCCAAAGCAUCUACGCAGAAGAAUACACCAGCUAA